AUGUUCGCUUCCGGCAGCCCUGACAAUAUCAAGCAAUGGAAGUCGAGAAACGGCGAAUUUUUGCAGAACCUAUCAGGUCAUAACUGCAUCAUCAAUACGAUGGCGGUCAAUGAGGAUGGUGUACUUGUCUCGGCCGGAGACAACGGCUCGAUGUGCUUCUGGGACUGGCGUUCCGGUUUCUGCUUCCAACGCGAUCAAGCGAAGGCCCAGCCUGGCUCCAUCGACUCCGAGGCUGGAAUAUUCUCGAUGACAUUCGAUCGAACCGGACUGCGUUUGAUCACCGCCGAAGCUGACAAGACCAUUAAGAUGUACAAAGAAGACGAUACGGCGACUGAGGAAUCUCAUCCGAUCGUCUGGCGCCCCGAGAUUGUCAAGAGGAAGGCGUAC